AUGAUUGCCAAAAUCCUUGAGCUGGAAAACAUUGAAGCUUUAGACCCAAGCGAACGCAAUCCGAUUGGUGGAGCACAGGAUUUUAUAGGCAAAGCGGCAGCGAUGAAUUGUGAUGCCUAUAUUUCAGGUGAAGUCAGCGAACGUACUUUUUAUGAAGCCAAAGAGUUAGAUGUGCAUUACUAUGCAUGUGGACACCAUGCAACAGAGCGCUAUGGUGUUCAACAACUUGCUCAAGCGAUCGCUGAACAGUUCAAUAUUGACGCUAGUUAUUUCGAACUCAACAACCCGAUUUAA